GAAACAUGAAGCCAGUCCAAAGAUUCAGGUGCAUAUAUGUUUGGCCUAGAGCCGCAGUGCUUGAAAUCCGUGAAGUACUUUUUCAGCACCUGAAUUCGAAGCAUGUGUGCUGAGUUGGAUCACUGCCUCGAACGUUCUCUAUAUCGCUAAUCGACACCUGUGAUUGAUUGCAAGAUGUUCUCAAAGUUCGAAGUUACUAAGCGUUCUGCCGUCGAGAAUGAAAAGGAUCCACUUGCAUGCAUCAAAUGCUCGAUCGAAAGCACCAUCGCUCGUCGUGACUUGCGACUCUCAACGGGAAGUCAUGAGCGGCCAACAUAUCUCGGACAUACUCAAUGUUGAUAAUACAUAUGUGGUGGAAUUUCCAAGAAACUCUCCGUCCAGAUCCCAGUAUCGCAAAUCCUCAUGUACACGACAAGCAGGUAGAGGGAAUAUUCUUGUAAUAUGUACCAGAACUACUAAUCCUCGAGUUCAAUGACUGCGACGAGUCAUGAUUGUGAUCUAGUGGGGAAGAGAAAAAACUCGUACAGUCAGUUCCCAUCCAUUCCACGGGCCUACGAGAAUACGAUAGUACCUGUGACACAACCCGAGCAUUGCCUCUCAGAGCUACCGAAGUACUUGCUCUGGGUUCAAAUUGAUGCUUAGGUUAGCGCUCGUAAUUGCAAUCUUAUUCUGGUUCAUAUGCUCGAGUGAAGCACGCCGAGGAAGUUUUGUGCUAGUUUCGUCGUGCUAGUCUUCGUUCUAGAAGGACAACACGCGAGUCACAGCUGUGAUUGAAUAGGACAGAACUUCCUGCAAGUUGACAUUCAGGGAGUUUAUAGGACACAAAUUCAGGCAGAACAGUUCGCAAGGUGACGGUGACUUGGGUGUGGUAACCGAGACGCUCCACUCGCGAUCACGAAUGUCAAUCUGUCUUCAACGUAGUAAGUAGCAAACUAGCACGUCAGUUUGCGGCAUUCGCACAAUCCGCUUUCAUCUAGAAGGACAACAACGUGCUAGCACAGAACUUCAACGUGCUAGUUUCGUCGUGAAUUACUCAAAAACUCAUUUAGCUCAACGAUUUUAUUGGAGGACUUUAUACACAACAUCGUUGAUGCUUACGAAUAGUCAUAUGCUGCAAUAUACACGUUCUGUGAAGCUGAAGCGGUUUAUCAGCAUCUCUGAUUAAGUGGCUCUUCGAACUGGCUGAGUCGAAAGACUAAACCUAUGCACUGCCCUCUGGCAUGGAAGGUGGGUUCGCUUAGUCUGCUAGUUGAGUCCACCAUCAGGUAUCUAGGAUUUGGUGGCAAUUGCAUGUCAAUUUCAGCUGUACAUGUUUCACUAUAGCUACUUUCAUCAAUGUCACCAACGUGAGUCUGUUUAAAGUUACAUCUUCAGUUGGAUAGGAACUGAAUAAACAGAGACUGUUUUUAUGCCACUGAAAGUGCUAUCAGGUUAAUCCUUCGGGAAAAUGUCACAUUCAAAUUGAUGCCCUCCGGGUCCCUUUCUUCCUGAACUUUUCAAGCAUAGUAUAGUCAG